AUGGGAAGAACCUGGCUGGAUCUGCCAGUUGGCCAGCACUUGCUGGCUCUGGGGCACAGGCACUUUUCAAACAAAUGGAGGAACAUGAUGGAUUUCGGAAAAUUCAGGCUGUUUCUUUGCCUUGUAGGGCUCAGCUGUGUUAGCUUCUGGGUUUUUUACCACAAUUUGACUGAAUACUGUAUAUUCUGUGAAAACAGCCAAGAUUACAUAUUCCCCAUGGAGACUUAUAGGAGAAUCGGAGGAAACUUCUUGCAGCUCCCGGAUAUAGACUGCCAUAAGAACCCACCCUUCCUUGUCCUGCUUGUGACAUCCUCAUACCACCACGUCGAUGCCAGGAUGGCCAUCCGGCAAACCUGGGGGAAGGAGAGAAUAGUUGCUGGCAAGCGCCUGGUGACGUAUUUCCUCCUGGGAAGCACUGUGAAUCUCAGCCAGCAGGCUGAGAUUGCUGCUGAAAGCCAAAAGUACAAAGACAUUAUUCAAAAGAAUUUUACAGACACAUAUUACAAUUUGACUUUGAAGACCAUGAUGGGAAUUGAAUGGAUUCACAGAUUCUGUUACCAGUCCAGCUUUGUGAUGAAAACAGACACAGAUGUGUUUGUCAAUGUUUUUUACCUCACUGAGCUUCUUCUAAAGAAAAAGAGGACCACUAGAUUCUUCACAGGCUUUUUAAAACUGCAAGAAUACCCCAUACGGAAAAGAGAGAGUAAGUGGUACGUAAGUAGAGAAGAGUAUCCGGGAAAGACCUACCCGCCCUUUUGCUCUGGGACUGGCUAUGUUUUAUCCACUGAUGUUGCUAGUCAGAUCUACAAUGUUUCAGAGAGCAUUUCGUUCAUUAAACUGGAGGAUGUAUUCAUAGGAAUGUGUCUUGCCAAAUUAAAAAUUCGACUGGAGGAGCUUCAUUCAGAGCAGACAUUUUUUCCAGAAAGGAUUAGUUUCUCCGUUUCUCGCUUUAAGAAAAUUGUGAUGUGCCAUGAAGUAGAACCAUCUGAGCAGCUGAGCUACUGGAAUCACUUAGUGACAGAAAAUCACGGAGGAGUGCUCUAG